AUGCCUCAUUCUAUGGUUAACCAGCCAGCUCCCAGAGGCUUAAUUUUAAAAAAUCAGCAUGGGGAAGACAUUAACUUGGAUGAUUCUAUUGGUAAAAAGCUAACGGUUGUAUUUUUUUAUCCUCAAGACAGAACAUAUGGAUGUACUAAAGAGGUCUGCUAUUUUCGGGAUUCUCAUACUGUUUUCUCCGAAGCUGGUGCUGUUGUGUUUGGUGUUUCCUCCGAUUCACCCGAAAUGCAUAAAAAGUUUGCAGAAGAACAGAAUUUACCAUAUCAAUUGUUAUCUGAUCCAGAUGAUAAGGCAAAAAAAGCAUUUAAGGUUCAAAAAUCCUUUCUUAUCUUGCCUGGUCGUGUGACUUACCUCAUUGAUAAAGAUGGUAAAAUUCAAGACGUUUUCGAGUCUCAAUCAGAUUUAGAAGGCCAUGCUAAAAAAGCUGUGGAAUUCAUUAAACGUCAUGCUAAUGAGAAUUCUGUUGAUGCUUCUUUGUAG